CAGAAUGCCUGACAAAUUGAAAAAAGAAAAAUAAAGCCUUUGCUCUGGAUUCCUUUGCCUUGGGCCUGGAAGGGAAACUACAGCCCUGACAGCAAUUCUGCCAGGUAGGAGGUGGUGGAUGAACACCUACUGAAUAGCACCCAGGGUUCCGUCCAUUCUCUGCCUCUCCUAUGACCAUCUGCCCCCUGGACUGUGAGCAGGAGCUGUCUUCAGUGAUCCUACACAGGUCACAGCAACCUGUUUACAGACAGCUAGAGUUCCAAGGCGCUCUUAGGACAAGGGACUCGGGAUGCGUCCAAAUGGACAGCAAAGCCUUGGUCAGAGAAUUCGUUCCUCCCUUUCUAUUUAUGCCAGUGUAAACACUCGCCAAGGAAACAAGGCAUGUGGGCAUGCGCAGCCCUGAGGGCCCUGGGGUGGCUGCAAAAGGCAACUGGAAAGUCACAUGUCAUAACAUUGGAAAGUACAUAUGCAGCUAUUCUUAGGCUUGGAAUGUAUACACUGUCUGCCUGCCCGGCAGCCUCGCACAGCGCUCUAGAGCCGUGAAAGUGCCUGCAGCAUAAACAAAUCCAGAACUCUCCUAGGACAGAGAAUUUGCCAGUAGAAGGAAAGGCCUGCAGUUUAUGGUUUUAUUCAGAGCCUAAGGUAGAAACCUCCUGAAGGGACGAGACAGACCCAGCAUCUGUGGAUGUCACUGCAGCCAAACAAGGAUGGAUGAGGAGUUACCAGAUGGGGUUGUCUUCAAAGACCACGACUUCUCCUCUGACUUGUUGAGACAGCUCAACGGCUUAAGGCAAAGCAAGAUCCUGACUGAUGUGAGCAUCUGCUCUGGAGCCUGGGAGGUCCCUUGCCACCGCAAUGUGCUGGCCUCCAGCAGCCCCUACUUCAAGGCCAUGUUCUGCAGCCACUUCCGGGAGAGCAGAGAGGCCAAAGUACAGUUGAAAGGCAUCAAUGCCACCACCCUAGAGCAGGUCAUCACGUACGCGUACACGGGAGAGGUACACAUCUCAGCAGCCAAUGUCCUCCCACUGAUGGAGGCGGCUGCCAUGCUGCAGUACCCCAGGGUGUUUGAGGCCUGCUCAUCAUACCUGCAGAGUCAGCUGGCCCCCAACAACUGCCUGGGUCUGGUCAGACUCGCAGAAAUCCUAAGCUGUGAAAGCCUGAAGAAGAAAGCCAGGGAGGUAGCCCUGACUCGCUUCCCAGAGGUGGCGGCAUCGGCUGACCUGAAGGAGCUCUGUGCUGUGGAGUUGAGAGGCUACCUAGGAGAUGACAGGCUCUGUGGAGAGGAGGAAACGGUGUUCGAGGCCCUCAUGGCUUGGGUCAAGCAUGACCUCAAGGCCCGGUGGCAGUACCUGCAGGAGCUGCUGCAGCAGGUCCGCCUGGAGUACAUCCACCCAGCCUUCUUCCACCACUUCAUUGCCAACGACGCCCUCCUCCAGUCCUCGCCCGCGUGCCAGGCCAUCCUGGAGGUGGCCGGGAGGCAGAUCUUCUCCUCAUACGGUCCCAGUGCCCAGGACUGCAAACUCCUGUGGCAUAUCCCCCCAAGGAGCUCCUACCAAGACUUCCUCCUCCUCCUGGGGGGGCGGAAGGACAACCAGCAGACCACCAGGGAUGUCUUGCUCUACAGCCUACAGACUGGCCGGUGGCAGAGCCUGGCCAAACUCCCCACGCGGCUGUACAAGGCCUCCGCUGUCACCUUGCACCGCAGUGUGUACGUGCUCGGGGGCAUGACUGUCAGUGAGGGCAAGAGUCUCCUCAGCCGCAGAGUCUAUAUCUUCUCUCUGAAACUCAACCAGUGGAGGCUGGGGGAGCCCAUGCUGGUAGCCCGCUACUCCCACAGGAGCACCAGCCACAGGAACUUCAUCUUCUCCAUUGGGGGCACUGGAGAAGGGCAGGAGCUCCUGGGGUCCAUGGAGAGGUAUGACAGUGUCCGUGACGUCUGGGAGAGCAUGGCUGACAUGCCGGUGGCCGUGCUCCACCCUGCUGUUGCAGUGAAGGACCAAAGGCUCUAUCUUUUUGGGGGUGAGGACAUCAUGCAGAACCCUGUGCGCCUUAUCCAGGUGUACCACAUUUCCAGAAACACGUGGUUCAAGAUGGAGACAAGGAUGAUAAAGAAUGUGUGUGCCCCGGCUGUGGUGCUGGGGGAGAGGAUUGUCAUUGUGGGAGGCUACACAAGGAGGAUUCUUGCUUACGACCCCCGGUCCAACAAAUUUGUCAAAUGUGCAGACAUGAAAGACCGAAGGAUGCACCACGGGGCCACAGUGAUGGGGAACAAGCUGUAUGUGACAGGUGGGCGGAGACUGACCACAGACUGCAACAUUGAGGACUCGGCCUCCUUUGACUGCUAUGACCCUGAGACGGACACCUGGAUAUCCCAGGGACAGCUACCUCACAGACUCUUUGACCAUGCCUGCCUGACACUCCAGUGCAUACCCCACAUGGCCAGCCUCACAUGAAGGCCACAAGAACCUAUCUUGGUCAAAAUGCUGUGUGACGCAAGAGAUUGGAACCCAGUUCCAAAGGCCUAGAGUUGAAGGAAGUCAAACUUCCACUCUCUACACAGUAGUCUUUUUUUAAAAAAUGCCAGUGGGUGCUUUUUUAAUUCCAUCCCUAUCUCCUGAACCAAUGCCAGAAAUUGCACUAUUAUAACUGGGUAGGUCUGCAUCACAUCCCUUCAGAUGGAAGUAGGGUUAACGACUUGAUUGAUGGCCCAAACUGCAUGGAAUCAGACAGAAGAUGUUUCCCAGAGGAAGAAAGAAUUCCGGACAUAGAUGGACACACACACACACACACACACACACACACACACACACACACUUGCCCAGGUCGUCCUUAGCAUCCAGAAUGGGAGGGUUAGCCCAAGAGGAUCCUUAGAAUCACUCAGGCCAGGUGGCAGCUUGUGAAACUGUUGUGAUUGUGUCUGUGUCCCUACAUUUCAUGGAUACAGCAUAUUGAAAGUAGGCUCAGUUCGGUAUCUACCUAGGGUUUUCAAAAUUAUCCUGUAACGAAAAACAUAUGAACAGAACCACAGUUGCUUCUGGUGCCAGACGACCUUUUAAAGCUGCGGAAUUAAUCUGGAGUUUCAUCCCAGUAAAGUGUUAUGAAAAUGGCUUUUCUGGGGAAAGCCAACAGAUUCCUCAGCAGCAACAGCAACUCUACCCUCCGGAUAUCAGGGCUGACCCUCCCUGUGACCCCUUCACUUCCAAGUGCCCCUCAUACUCACUCAAUGGCGGGUCCAUGGGAAAGCUGAAGUGCCCAUCAGAGGCUCUCAGUGAGGCCCCGAUGGCAUGAUCACAGGGAAGAUGUUUGGAAACAUCACUGAGUCCCAUUCAAGAUGGAUGCACAGGGGUUCUCUGAGGUGAGGUCCAGAAUUCUGUAGCUCCGAAAGGCAUCCUAAGGUGACCCUGUCACUCAGCCAUCGUGGAGAACUAAAGCCCUGCUCUGCUGUGUGCACUGAAGACCACCAUGGCUACUCUUUCCUACCCUGUCCUGACCAAUACUAGGCGAUCUCAGUGUGUAAGCAAAGUUGUCUCCCACCCACAGAGAAGCAUCUGGAAUAAAUUUGCCAUUCUGUGUUACAUGCUGGAGUCUCUCUCCCUUCCCAGUGUUGCAAAGGCUUCUCCUUUCUUCCCGCGUUCACCUCAGGCUCUCUUCAUGAGGUAAUACUGUGGUCCAGGGACUCUGCCAGCACCAUUGACCCUGCUCCUCAGCCUACACGCUGGCCCUUUCUCUAGACCCUCUCCCCUUUUGAGACAAGGUUUCAUGUAACCCAGGUUGACCUCAAACACACUAUGUAGCCUUGACCUUCUAACCCUCCUGCCUCCGGCUCCUGGGUGCUGAGAUUACAGGUACGUGCCACCAUUCCUGGGUUAUGUUUCACUGGGGAUCAAACCCAAAGCACUGCACAUGCUAGACAAGCAUUCUACCAACUACAGCCCUAGCCCUAAUCCAUCCAUUCUCCUUGAAGUGUUUAGUCGGGCUCCUGGUCCCAUCUCUUCUUGAACAUGGACUUGGGAAGGUACCCAGUGACAAAACGCUGCCCAUACAGUCUGAUUUCGUGUCCUGCCCAUGUUGACUGACCACACAAAACACCACUGCCCAUCCUCCACCUUGAGCUACUUCCGUCUUCCCACUUCCAUGAUGCCUCUUGCUCUUGCUUCUCCCCAUGGUGACUCAGUUUUGUCUCCUCAUUUUCAUGACUGUUAAAUGGGGAUAUGACGGAAGUUUCAGUUCUUGGUCCCUUUCUCGUAUCCCCUCUCUCCUUGGAUGGUUGAAUUCAUAAAAUACAGGUAAUUGUGUAUUAUUCUCUUCCAACCUCUGCAGGCACCAGACAUGCAC